AUAUUUACGUUAAAUUUUGUUGUUAAAUCGGCCCAGCAGAGGGCUCCCAAUAAUAUUUCUUUCCUAAAUAUUAAGGGUUGGCCGAGCCUCGACCACGUCGUCCGUGUCAAAUUUGGUCGCCGUUCGAUUCUUAACGUAACGUUUUGGCCUAUUUCUCCGUGAUAAAUAAAAACUCGCGCACGUGCUAUCACGACUAGCGCGGAAGUUUUCGCCGUAAGAACGGAAGUGACGUACCGUUACGCCAGACGUUUCCACGUGACCGACGAAACGCGUGGUUUUCCAUUCGUUCCAGAAUACAGAAAAGAGUUCUGACGAAAUAACGAACACACAACGCCAAACGAGUCCUGAUCGGGCGGAGGCCCUACGCACGACGACGGCGAGCCGAAUAUCAGUCGAAAGAUGCGAACUUAUCCAUUUUGACGGAAUAAUCGAGCGAAAAAUCUCGGAUGCGACGUCGACUCGCUAAUGUCAACUUUGGGGGUGGUACGCGGCGAAAGCACAACAUCUCGCUACACGUGAUUGUGGCCCGACCCACCGCUACGUCACCGAAUCGACGAUGAUUGGUCGAACCCGGAAGGUUCCAGUCGCGUAAAUCCGCGCGCUUAUACCUGUACUCGACGAUUAAUCCGUCCGCGGCUUAAUUACGAAAUCUUGGGAAAAAAGUCUGGAUUCCUCCGAGGUAUCGAGAGGAAUUAAAGUCGAUAGAGCGAUUGAGACAAUUCACGCAUCCGUUCCAAAGUACGGCGGCCACCAUUUCGGCCUCAAAAUGCCGACGUUCUUAUACCCGGAUUCGUUAGACAGUUCCAGAGCACUGUUCGAUUGGAUCGGAUCGAGAGCGCUCUCUAGCAGAGAUUAUAUAGCGUAUAUUUUCUAAACGAUAAAUCGAGCGAAAUUUAUUUUUAAAAUCCUGUUUGAGAGUAAAAUUUCUAUGAAAGACAAUGAUCGGGCGACCGAGACUGGUAUAAGGACGAGGCGUUCCGGUAGCCAUGCAACGUCAAUCAUCGUGACCACGUGGUGCUGUGGCAUUUUUGCACCAGAGAACGGCGACUGUUUUGACGAGUCCCGCCAUCUUGGCAGGAAAGUGUUCGACGAACGUGGCCCGGGUGUUUACUCGUUCCCCCGUUUCCAAUAUCGCGUCGCGUUCCGAUCGAAGCUGUCGGCAACCGACUAAUUGAUGUAACGGUGAUGAAUCUGGAGACGUUACUGGAAGCGGCGAAAUACGUCGAAUACAGUUCCAAAGCUAAAGCACGUGGGGAAGAACCUCAUGACUACGACACGUUUGGGAGGUUGUAUGCACGCGAAGAAGCCUCGCCGACCGGACCCAGACACAGAUCGGUGGCCUGCAAACAGGACGGCGAACCUCCAGCCGGUCGCCCCGAUGCCUCUAAGGAGAGAAGACGUUCCGGCGGAGGACAGUUGUCCAGGGAACCUCCGAUUCUGGGUGACGAGAUACAGGGGGGAGGAGGAACCAGAGAGGUGCACAACAAGCUGGAGAAAAACAGGCGCGCCCAUCUGAAGGAAUGCUUCGAAACGCUGAAGAGGCAGCUACCCAACAUGGAAGAACGCAAGACCUCGAAUCUCAGCAUCCUGAGGGGAGCCCUGCGUUACAUCCAGGUGAGUCGGGCCUCUCCGUGCUCGCGUGGCGCGGAACGACGUCGCGCCGGCCGCGGGCCCGGCCCGGAUUGCGCUUUCCCCAGGUGUCGACCCGCCGACCGUCUCUUCGUCCGAAAUUGGCCGAGGUGUUUUCCGACGGCACCGACCGAAACGGCAUUUCGUUCCGGAAGAAUCGGUCGCGGGCGAGAGACGAAGAUCCGGCCGCGGAUCGGCGCGGCCCGGCGUUACGCUCGGUCUGGGGCCGUGGACAGAAGCCGGCGUGCGCGUCGGUUGUCUUCCGGAAAUCGCGCGACUCGAAAACGUCGUUGGCGACGUUUCCGACCGCCGAUCAGAAGUCGGCCUUUUUUCGAAUUCCGAACGGUCGACCUCUGGUCAUCGGCAUCCGUUUCCGCCUUCUCGACGCCUCGUUUUUUGGUCUAAAUUUUAUUUUUCCAGCGUCCCAUCGUUCUUCGUCGUCAAAAAAUCAAACUGGAUCGAAAACUAAGUAAUUAAAUUGAAAAAGCAUCAAAUCGUUUCUUCUGUCUUUCCUCGUGCUUUCCACCGAUUUCUCUCGUGGUCGGUCGAGCGUGCGCCGUCGGCUCCGAUUUGACGUCGUCGUUGAUCCACGUGCUCGUUCGCGAUUUUUGACUCGCGUGUGGCUCGCGACGCGUCAGGGCGCGAGUCCGCGCCGUCGAAAUUUUUAAAAUGGAAACGGUGGUCGGUGCAGCUUCCGAUUGAGUUUCGUUUUCUUCUGGUCUCGUUCGGAAUGCGCUUCCUGGCUUAGAAACGUACGAAGUACCAAUCUUAGUUUUCGGCCAAUCGAUAGAGAAAUAUUAAAUCGAAAUUAGUUCCCGUUUACGGCGCCUGAAACGAGUCUCGGAUUUAACGUUCGUUAACUCGGGAGUUCGUUUCGCCUUCCCUAGAGCGUGUCCCGUCGUUUCCGACGUCGCUUUCCCCGAUUUAAUGGCCAGAAUUGUACCGACAAUUCUCUCUCUCGGUGCGAUUCUCGCAAAUCGGGGUCUAACGUCGCUGACGUAAAUGGAAAUUUUUUUUACUCGAACGUACUACGAUAUCUCGUUAAAGUAUUCGUUUAUAUGAAACGAGGGCGAAAUUAUUUCGUUACUACUUAUGGCAAUGUCCUGUCAAUUCAUUAUUAUUUUUAUUUUUCUCCCUGUUUUUACACCAGUCGACGACUGUUUAAAAAAAAAUAUUGUAAGAAAUGAAAAUUUGGCAAACUGUUGGAUUGUGGACUGGAGCAUCAAAAUCAAAGUUGUGCUAGUUUGCCAUGUAGCUUAAAAAUUGGACGGGUCUGAAAAAGUGUGGAGUCCUCUUUUACCCUGGCUCAUUUUCCUUCAUGGAUUUUGGCAGAAUGAGGGAACAGGACGUGGUCUGUCCUGUUCCCUCAUUUUUGUUUGCAGAGAGAACAGACAGAUAUUGGAUGUGGUAGGAUUUUUGUCUUGCUCCUGUAGGUUGGGCUCCUCUGCUCUCAUCUGUCUUUCUCCAAAUUUGCACAGGAUCUGGUCAAAGUUUUCUCUGUUCAUUUUAGUGCAUGGAAACUAGUGUUUGCUGGACUUCUCUGAUAUGAUUUUGUUGUGAUCAAUUUGUGUCGAUGGCAUACUUUUGAUUAUAUUUAUUUUUGGAAUUAUUGUUUCUUGUUUUGACUCAUAUUGUGGAUUAUAGUUUAGGGUAAAUUUUAUUGCUUGUUUUAUGCAUUUCAGUAGUUGGAUGUCAACUGAAUAAACUGUCUGGUUGGGUGAAAUAAUAUUUUAAUUUUUCAGCUUGAAAUGUUAGGAUCUGUUUGAAUAUUUAAGCAUUUUUCCUCUAUAUUAGGUUUGAAAUUGCUUAUUCUAUUUCAGUUAUUCUUGUGUUAUAUUUUAGGUAAUAGAUUAGGAUCUUUUUCACAAAAUAUAAUUUUCCGAUUUCACUAAUCUUCUUAUUGUUGCUUGGGAGAAACAAAUAUGAAGUAUUACAAAUUAUGUAAAAGAAUUAUUAGAAUUUUGCCAAAGUAUGUUGUUUUUUGAUAUUCCCAAUUAUAAAAUACAUGAAAUUAUAUUGAAAUUCAGAUGGUUUUUCUAAUUGACAUUCUCAGUUAAACUGAAUUGUUUGAAACAUUAGCAAAAACAAUUUCAUAAUUUUAAAGUAGUAUAAAAUUAUAUUGUGUAUGUUGAUUUAUGAAACAGAAUGGCUGGUCAAAAACCUAAGUUCAUGGAAAAAAACUUUUCAGAAACAAAAAACUAUAUACAAUCAAACCUCUCUAUAAUGGAACUUGUAUAUAGCAAAAACCUGUCAUUAAUGGAAAAUUUCUUUGAUCCCUUGAAUUUUUUGCAAAAAUUAAUGUAAAUUAACUUGCAUAUAGCAGAACCUGUCUAACAGAAAUGGAAAGUAUAAUUGGGUUGUUUAAUGGAAAAAUCUAUCUUUAUCUGAUUUAACACAUCUUCAACAAGAAGUUUACAAGCUUAGCAUGUAUAAAUCAUUAAAAAAAAAGUAAAAAAAUACACGUUAACAAUACAGAAUAGCAAAAUACGACUACUGUAUUACAGUAAUUUUAUUGGGAUUUGAAUGGAAAAUUUUUGCAUAUCUCGCCAUUCUGAAAGAAUAUUUCACAAAAAUGGGUAGACUUGGAUAGAGAUGACUGUCAAGCUUCCUGCUUGGAUACUUUAGCAUUAUAUUAAUGCUAAAGUAUAAAAGAUAUAAUUGAGAUAAGUUAGUAUUUGUUCAUCUGUUUAUUCUCAUUGGUAAGAGUGAACAAAUAUUUUCAAAUGCAAAUAUUUUCAACCCUAUUAACAAGUCAUCAACACAGGCAUCAAAAACAAGACGUAGUGUUACAAGAAAAAAUAGAAUAAUACAAAACAAUGAAUAUCUAAAAUAUAAUGUUGCAAUGAACUUUUAGGAUAAUUAAGAGAUGAAUAAUUAUAAGAAAUAAAAAUAAAAACUUAAAAUAAGUAAAAACAAACCUUAAAAACAAAUGAUGAUUAAGAUGUUAAAAGUGGACAGGAAUUGUUGAUAAGAAACUUCUAUGCAGAGUGGAGAGAGUUAAGGCAUAAAUUCAAAAUUGAGUUUUUAUAGAUUUUGUUCUUUUCUAAUAUACAAGCAUGAGAAGGGUGGCUGUUACUCCAGAUGAGUAGUAAUCCAAGAAUAGAAUUUGGAAGUUUAGUUAAGGAUGGUGAAACAGUGCUAUCAAUUCCUUUAUUUGUGUUGUAUUUUUAUGUUUCUUAGUUUUUGGCAAAAAGAUCUAGAAGUGAUCAUUAUAUACCAUAUACCAAAAUUUUUAUUCUUUGCAGGAAUGAUAUAGACACCUUACAAUGAAGAUAUCAAAUAAAAUACCUCUCAAAACCCUGAUAGCAUCCAGUGACUGUAUAUGUUGGCUCUACCACUAGGUCUCUGAAAUGGCAAAUAAGGGAACACAAAUACAACAUUGAUAGUGGAAAACUAUUCACUGCCCUGUCUGCACAUGCCACUGACAAUGACAUUGAAGCUUUGUUACAGCAAGAAAGUUGAUCUUUACAAUCAUGCACAGUGAAGGUAUCAUGAGAUGUGGAGGCCCUGGAAAUUUUUAAAGCCAACAAGAAGGGGCAUGCAUUAACUAUAAAGAGAAAAAACAAAUAUCAUAUGCUUAGCAAGCAAUAUAUGAAUAAGGUGCCAUUCAGUCAAUGUAAUACACACUUCUUAUUAUGUAGUGAUGUAUGUUCAUUUCUAUCAGAGGUUCAUUGGUAAUGUAGUGAUUUGAAUUUGAUGAAGGUUCUUCUAUACAUGUUCUAUUCAUAGAAUGUUGAAAACCUGAAGCAGGGCUCAGGAGGAGCUCAAAAACAUUUGUUAAUGAUUUAAAUCUGUCACAGGACACUAGUGAUGUUUUGAGAGGUGUUUUAUACUUUACCAUUAAGUCCAGUUGGAGGGUGAAAGAAACUAUUGAGGAUAUCCUCAUUGUUAGCAACAAAUGGUAUAAGAUGAAGUGUUUAUUAUUAGACUUAGCAGUGUCCUUACACAGUGGAUGCAAGAUUACUUUUUUCUCUGUUUUCACAAUAUUUUACAAUCUGUUUGCUAGUGUUUGGCAGCUAGUUAUUGUGAUGGAACUUGAUUAGUUGAUCAGUUCUGCAGACAGGAAAGCCAUUCUAUGAAGCCAUACUUAUGAAAUUCUUUGUAAAUUUAAUUUAAGACCCAUAAAUCUGAAGCAGUGAAUGUACUAGUACAUUUAUUUAAUUAGAGUAUGAAAUGCUGACACUGUAGAGCAGAAAGAAUCCAAGAAAGAAACUGGAAUAUAAAAGGGAUUAAUGAAAACUUUAGUGUGGGUUUGUCCUUUCAUUAGCAAAAGAUGUAUAUUCAGGAAAUGCAUAUUGUCCCCAUAUACAGUGAUGCCUUGAACUUCAAAUUUAAUUUAUUCCUGGAGGCUGUUCAAAUUUCAAAUUGUUCAAAGUCUGAAGCACAUUUUUCCAUUACAAAUAACGGAAAGUUGAUUAAUCCAUUUGCAGAUCCUAAACAAUACCUAUUUUGAUAAACUUAAAACAGCAAGUACACAUAAUUUAAAGUAAAAAUAACACAAUCAAAUGCUUUAAUAAUAAAUUGAAAAUUUCAUUAACUAGUUGUAUAUUGUUGACUUAGGCAUCUUAAACAUGGCCAUCAAAUCUGCUGUAUGUGUAAUGUUUUCAUGCCUCAUGAACUUCCUUUUUCAUUUUUGCUUUUGAUACUACAACCUAUCUUUUAGACUUUGUUGCUUUCAUACAAUUGUCAAAUGCCAUGGUUAAUAAGUAAAUGGUUAUAUCGUGUUCAACAGAAAGUUUUUGCAUAUUACUAACAGCUGUCAUUACUUAAAAUAGAUGUGCAAUUUAAUUAUAACAUUCAAUUAUAAUGAAUACAAUCUCACAUUAGCAGUAAUGUGGGAUUGUGCUCUGUGUUUAAAAUGUUUUAUUUUAAACUUAUUUACAAGACUAUGUCUUGUCUCUAAAAUUGUGCUGCUGUUAAUGGCUGCACAUCUUAGAGGUAUGAAGGAGUACAUGUCAGGAGUUGCAAUUUGGCACAGAGUAUUUGAUGCCAAAAUCAUGUGCACAUAAAAUAAACCAGACUUGUAGGUAGUCAGGGGACCGAGAACAGGGUCAAAAGAAAAUAUGAAAUGCUGAGACUGUUUCUACAAACGGGCAUGAGUGCGAGAUUUGCGCAUAUGUUGCUCGUGCUCUCCGAGACAGUCUCAUCCCAAAAAUGGUUUCGCUGUUUUAUUUGUUUUAUCUCUUUACAUUUUAUUUGAAUAACAUCAAGUUGAAAUGUCUUCAGAUAAAAGGCAUAUUAGGCAUAUGCUUAUGAGUUUUGGAAAAGAUAUACAUUAAUGCCAUACAAUAAAAACAAUUCAUAAUUUGUAUGGGGAAGAUGCUACAAAACUUUGAACAUUAAAAAGUACCAUUCAAGAAAUUUUGAACUAAGGGAUACAAAAUGUAUGGGGUACCCAAAAACUGUCAACAAAGAAAGAUUACAGGAAAGAAAGUAAAUAUAACAAAUAUGUGUAGUCUUUAACCAAUAUCCGGCGUGAAAAUUCCAAACUAAUAUUGGCAAACGCUUUUGAUGCCCCUCCUGGGCUCUUCUUCAGGCCAAAUUUAAUGUACUGGAUUCUUAAAUUGAAUAUUUUUAAAUAAGAACGUGCUCUGUUACUAGAAGUUCAAAUGAGGAAGGUAAUCACAUGCCUUUCCGAAUUAUAAUUUCUUUAUAAUUUAUAUUCGUGGAGAUAUGUUGUGCGCAUCUUAUAAUAAUCUCGCGUAUUUUAUAAUCACGUGCCUUUCUAAAAAUAAUUUUAACUAUUGGAUAUACGAUGUGCGCAUCCCAUAAUAAUCUGGUGUAUUGUAUAAUAAAUUACGAUUCAUCAUCCAAUAAAUACUGCCACGCUGUUGAGAGAUUCAUUUCUUCUUUAAGAUUGAGUUUUAAAAUUCUUUAAGAUUCAAUAUUAGUUUGGAAUUUUCAUGCUGGAUAUUGGUUAAAGACUACACAUAUUUGUUUUAUAUGACCUGGUGUGGGAGAAAUCCUUGAAAGUAAAUAUAACUACAAGUUUUGUGUGUAUUCGUUUCAUGUAACAAUUAAAUUAAAUGUAAGGAUUACAUUGUCUUUUUUCAAGGCUACUUGUUUUCAAAUUGGUUUCUGUUGUUGAAGUAGAACUAAAAUAUAAGGAAGAAAUUGUGAAAAGUUGAAAAAUAACUUACAGUAUUCUAUAUAUAAUCAAACCCACCAAAACUAAAGUGAUAAAAGCACAAAAAACAUACGAGUGUAAUGUCUUAAGAGUGAGAGAUGACUUGGAUGCACAAUAAGUUAUGCUUAUGUUUCAAGUAUAUUUUUUAUUGCAUAUGCAAUUUGAACUCCAUUAUGAAUUUUUGCCAAAUUUAGUGUUUGAACUUUGAAGCAUUUAAAGUUAAAUUGUUUAAAGUAUGAGAUACCACUGUAAUUGAUUGAGUUGUAAUGUUAAUUCAAGGAUUGUUAUUCAUAAGCGAGGAAAAAUUUAUCCAGCUUAGGAAUCAACUGGAGCUUAUAGAAUCAGUUAGUCUAAAUGUCCAUACAUUCCAAAUAAGCAUAUUGUCAUCUACUUUAUGGUUGUAGUCACUGAUAGGUGAAAAAUAGAGAUUACUUUUUCAGCUUCAUUAUAACUAAUUCACAAAGUAGUUUUUUUUUUUUUAAAUAGAACUGUUAUUUUUUCCUUGUGGACUGUGUUGUUAAAGGAGAAAAAUGAUGUGUAAAAAAGUUAAGUUUCAGUUCUAACUAAAGCACUAGUUCUAGAAUAUCUGAAAAAUAUUUGUAACCAUUAAGGAUAUAAGAAAGUAAAAAGUCUCAGAGCACAAAACAACAUUCAAGGUUAAUAGAGGGCAUAUAGGCUUACAAAGUUGAGACAGUCUCUUUGUUCUUGUGUAUGAUAUCUUUGAGUUCUCUGACUUCUUUUCAAUUGAGGGUAGAAACAUUAUAUUAUAAAUGCAUAUAUAUAUAUUCCUUGAGAUGUUUUUCUUGAAGAUAAGCAGAAUGUCAUUUCUCUGCAGUAGGUCUUAAUUUCUUUCUGUCAUUACAGAUCUUAGCAGAAGGUUUAUGUAGAACUGAAUGGUAAUGCAAAUUACAUUAAAGAAAUGAAUGAUCCCUCUAGUGAGGAUUCCACAAAUUCUCCACUUUGAGCUUUUAACAUAAUCAUGUUAAAAAAGCAGAUUGUCUAUUUUACAGAAACUAUAGAUUGUGCAAAAUGGUGAAUGCAGUGUAAAAUAAGCAGAGUCUCUGACUAAAUAGUAUAAACUUUAGGAAAAUUAUCAGUUCAUUGAACUAUUUACAGCUUAAGUUUCUACAUAUGAGAUCGGUUUUCUUAAGUAGCAUUUCAUUUUUAACUCUAAAUUUAGGCAUCAAUUUUAAAACUAAUACAAAUAAAAUAUUAAUUUUUUGCAUUCAUUUUAUGAAAAAAGUUAGAUUGAGGAAUAGGACAUGACUAUUAUAAAUAAUAAUCAUUUUGUUGAUUUAUCUAAAUAUAUAAAAUUACUUGUCCUGACUGACUGAGUGAUUGACUGAUUGAUUCAUCAUCGCCCAGAACA